AUUAUUGUAAAUGUAGAAAAAUGUGACCUAAAUUGUAGUUGCAAUGAUGUUGCAGAAAUUUAAAAAUACAAUAUUAUAGCAGUAAUUACGGUUGCAGACCACAAUUUAAAACCACGGUUUAGGCCUUAGUAGUCUCUUCAAAUAUCUAUAUACAUGUAUCUUCCUCAAGCUAUAACUAGUAUCCUAAAAUAUUAUAGCCUAUGUUAGCUACCUUCAAAUUUUAUUCCAAAUAAACUUCAUUGAACCAAAACCAAAACUCUAUAAUUAAGUUUGGUGUAACUUUUGUGCUUUUUCAGCUGUUAGGAAUUAUUGUGGAAAGAUGAGAUCAGGAAUUUGCAGCAUACAGUUGCAGGCACUGACACAAGAAGCAGCAACACUUGUUAAACAAGCUGUUAAUCUAGCAACAAGAAGAGGUCAUUCACAAGUGACACCUCUUCAUGUAGCUACUAUCAUGCUCUCAACUUCAACAAACCUUCUUCACAAAGCUUGUCUUCAAUGCCAUUCUCAUCCAUUUCAAUACAAAGCACUAGAGCUUUGUUUCAAAGUUUCCCUUAACCGUUUGCCAUCAUCCACAUCAAGUUCAUUUUUAGGAGGUUAUCAAUAUUCAACAAUUCUUUCACUUUCCAAUUCUUUGGUUGCUGCUUUCAAACGUGCUCAGGGUCACCACCGUCGUGGUUCUCUUAUUGAGAACCAGAAACAACAAUCUAUUUUAGCAUUGAAAAUUGAAGUUGAACAGUUGAUAAUCUCUAUUCUUGAUGACCCUAGUGUUAGUAGAGUUAUGAGAGAAGCUGGUUUCUCUAGUGAACUUGUUAAAACCAAUGUUGAACAAAUUGUUUCAAUUGAUCAUGUUUGUUCACAACAACCUCAAUUUCAUGUUAAUAAUGAUGCUGAUGAUGUAAGUAGUGUUUUGAGUGAACUUGUGAGAAAGAGAAGAAACACAGUUAUUGUUGGUGAGAAUAUUGAAAAUGUUGAGGAAGUAGCUAGAGGAGUGAUGAAAAGUUUGAAGAGAGAUAAUGUUCUUCAAUUUGUGAGUUUUCCUAUUGUUUCAUUUAAUAAUAUUAUUAGCAAAGAGGAAGUUGAAAGGAAGAUUGUGGAGCUUAGGAGGGUAAUAAGAAGCUAUGAUGGAAGAGGGUUUAUUUUAUACUUAGGUGAUUUGAAAUGGUUGUUUGAGUUUUGGUCAAGUUCUUGUGAACAAAGAAAAAGCUACUAUUGUUCUGUGGAGCAUAUUGUCAUGGAGAUUAAAAAAUUGAUUAGUGGAAAUGGGGAGAAUGGUAAAUUGUUGCUUAUGGGAAUUGCAACUUUUGAAACAUACAUGAAAUGUAAACUGUGUGAUCGUUCUCUUGAAACUAUUUGGGAGCUUCACCCCUUUACAACAACUUGUGUUGGUAGCUUGAGCCUUACUUUAAGUCUUGAUAGUAAUUUUCAAGCAAAGGAGAGAAGCAAGAUGAAAUUCAAAGAUGAAUCUUUUGAAGAUGGAGUGGAAGUGAGUCAGCAUGUAAUUUUGCCAACAUGGCUCCAAAAUUGCAAGGAUGAGAAAGUUCACACAAUGGACAAUCAGAAAAAUGCAAAGCAAUGGGAUAUAUGUAAGAAAUGGAACUCAUUUUGCAGUCCUUGUACUAAUCUUGAGAAACCAUUUUUGCAUGUUUCAUCAUUUCCUUCAUCACCUACUUCUAUCUCCUCACAUAGAAAGUCUUCUAGCUUGCAUCUGAGCCACAGCCUAAGCUGGCCAAUAAUUUGUGAACAUAAAGAGCUACCAAAAGAAUGUUUCAAUGGUGAUAGCUAUAAAGGAAACUUAAUAAUUUUCAUGCCACAAAAUGUUCCUAAGCAAGAUCUUUUGUCAAAUCCAAACUCUAGUCCAAACUCAGCUUCUUCAAGUGAGGAAUUGGAAGGUUUAGAUAGCACUCAAAUGUUCAAGGAACUCAAUGAUGAGAAUAUGAAGGUUCUUUGUGAUGUAAUGGAGAAAAAGUUUCCACAACAAAAGGAAAUAGCUAAGGAGAUUGCAAGCACUGUCCUUCUUUGCAGGUCAGGAAUGAGAAAAGGAAGAGAAAAAAACUACUUAUUGAAAACAGAUGGUAAACAAGAAACAUGGAUGUUAUUUAUUGGUGUGGAUUUUGAAGCAAAAGAAUUUAUCUCAAAAGAGUUAGCUAAAGUUAUUUUUGGAUCUUACAAAAACUUUGACUCAUAGUAUGUAACAAACUCUAAAACUAUGAUAUCAACUGAUAUAAGAUAUCAUCAAAGAGUUGGAGAAUAACAACGAUAACCUUUUUGGGACCUAUGAUAACCAAGAAAGACAUAUUUUAGUGAUCGAGCUAAAAGUUUGUCAAGACAUGAGUGAGAUUGUGGACAAAACAUAUAGACCUGAAGACACGAGGAGAAAGUGAGUGAAGAGAGGUACGAGGGAAGAGGGUCGAGUGAGGGACUUUGUUAUCAAGAACAGACGAAGACAUGUGAUUUAUAAGAUAGCACGCCGUUAGAAUAGUGUCGCGCCAAAAGAGAGAUGGUACAUUACAAUGAAGAAGGAGAGUAUGAGUGGUUUCAAAAAUAUGCCGAUUUUUGCGUUCGGCUACCCCAUUUUGUUGACGUGUAUGAGCACAAGAUAU